AUGGCAAGCGCCAAGGGCGUUAUGCAAACUACAGCGGAACUCGUUGCGAGCCCACAGGAGGCAACUCCCAUCGAAAGUGAAUCUAUGGAACCCAAUCAAGCUCAAUUAAAUAAACAAAAAUCUUCUAAAAGAACGAAAGGCACCAAUGACUCAUUCGAAGAAGAGCAUCGAUUGGCCCCAAAAUCAAACCAAUACUUCAACAACAACUUCACGCGACCGACAACCAACUCCGCAUCGACUGCUCAGGUUCGCCAUCCCGAUGCGGCCGGACGCGAUCGUCAAGUGACGUUUCCACCGUUCAAAAUCGAUUUUACGGACGAUACAUCACCUACAGAACUAUCCAUUAUCAAGGACAUAAAUAAAUCGUGCAAAAUCUGUUUAUCUUUCGGUCGAUAUUCGCAAGCAGGGAAGAAGAAAAGCUUCCUACUGUAUGCUAACUCAAACGAGCAAUACGAACGAUUACUGGAUAAAAGUAUCUGGCCUGCAAAAAUUUGUUCAAACAAUUACAAGUUAAUCAUGCCGUCGAAAGUUCCCUCGUCGUACUCAUUGAUUGCUACUGGAGUACCAGCUCAAUGGGAUCUCGCGGAAUUCGAACUGGAUGUAAAGAAAAAAUACAAGUCAAUUACAAAAGUCGAAAGAAUGCUGGUGGGUGGUGGCAGACCAAUUGCCAAAGUCAGAAUCGAUUUCUCCUCGAAAGCCGAACUCCAAACGAUUCUCAAGAACAAACGUAUUUUAAUCGACGAAGAAAAUACGUCGUUCCAGGUGCUACAGUACCAUCCUCCAGUGAAAAUUCUUCGCUGCUUUAAUUGUCAAGAAUACAACAGCCACAUAGCAGCCGACUGUCCAAGAAAAGAGAAUCCAACAUGCUAUCGUUGCGCACAAAAUCACGAAUACGAUCCAAACUGUCAAAACAAAAUACGCUGUGCGAAUUGUCAAGGCGAUCAUCUCGCCGGAAACCCGAACUGUCCAGUGAAGAUCGAAGAACGUUUGAAAUUCAAGGCAAGUACGGAAAAGCGCAUAGGGCAACAGCAAAGAUCGACCACUGUCGAUGCAAAUGCCUGGUCAAAUUCGACACGUUUGAGUCGCCCGGUCGAGCAACAGCCGUCUACCGCUGCAGCUCCAACGCCUCAACAGGAACCGAACGGAGUAGCCUUGGAGGAAUUCAUGAAUAAGCUCGACAUGAUUGGUGAGAAAAUUGAUAAGUUAUCCAAAGAACAAAGCAAAAUCGUGGUUAACUUCGAAUGCAUUAACAAGCAGCUAAAAUCAUGUCAAGAUGCAAUCAACAUGUUCAAGUGUUUUGUCCUGGAACAGAUCUGUCCAUUAUUAAUAGAAACCAGCAAAGGUAUAAUGAUCAAGAAAUCGGAAUUGAACACUCAGAAACUGCUCUCGAUGAUCGAAAAUGUAAACAAAGGCCUCGAUCCGGACAAAAAGAAACACGUAGACAAGGCGAGACAGCGAAAUUCGACAGUGAAAACAAAUGCUUCUCAGUAUGAAUCCGCUGGCGAAGACAUUUAA